UGACCAAAAUGGCCAAAAUCGAUCCCCUAUGACCAAGAUGACUGAAAAACCACAUCCUUUGGGGCCGCACAUACCUAUAUUGCCCAUAUAAGGGCAAGGUUUGUUUGUAUCAACUAUGAUUACACAAGUGCCAUUGUCUUUUAAAAUGAUUUUAAAAAGCUUGCCUUUGACUGAAAGUGUUAAAUAGAGUUGACAAGAAUAAAUGCUUAACAAGGUCGACAAAGGAUUUGGUGGGGGAGCAUGCGUGGCGUUUGCGUGUGGUGGCACGACUUUGAAGCAGGAGUCCACUUCGUCAAGUUUUGGGAAUUUUUUCAUCAAUAUUCCAACAUCUUGGCGUAUGAACCUCGAGUAAUGGUACCUUACACAAACUUAUGGUAAACAACGGCCGAAAACAUAAAAGAGCAGACCGUGGGUCGACCGAAGAAGACCUUACAACGCCAAAGCGAGCCAACAUGGCGGCGAUCGAAGGUGGAGAGAAAGAAGACUCUUCAACAGAAGCACCUCUGGAAAUAUGUCAAGAACCUAGCCUCGGUGACCUCAGAGAAAUGCUGGUAGAUAUUCAAAUUACUGUCAACAACAUUUUGCUUGGAAACAAGAGAAUCAGUGGUGAGGCAAUGGAGCUUAAAACUAUCGUACAAAAACAGAAAGCUGAGUUAUCUGCCAUCAAGGAGGCUUUAGAUCUAACUACAAAACAGUGUGCGAACUUUGAAAAAGAACUGGCCGCCGCUAGAGAUCAAUUAGCCGGACAGGAAGAGGAAAUAGUGGAAUUGUAUGACCUGCAAGAUCGCCUGGAACAAUGCACUAGAAAGAAUUCGCUCGAGUUUCAUGGAAUCCCUGAGAGAGCUUACUCUUCGCCAGAGGAGGUUAUAUUAAAAAUUUCAGAGGCGUUGGAGGUCCCUGCUGUGGUCCCUCAGGAUAUCGAAAUCUCUCAUGAGCUCAACAACAAGGGCAACAAGGCUAUAAUCGCGAAAUUUAUCAGCCAUAAAGUUAAGUCAAAUCUGUUUCGUGCACGAACUAAACUGAAAAGCAUCAAGAUGACCGAUCUUUUCCCUGGUUCUUCUUACGCGACAACAACAGAAGCUAACAGGAUCUCUAUCAAUGAAAAUCUAACCUCGUAUCGCGGGAGAAUCAUGAAGAAUGAAGAAAGCAAAUGA